AUGAAGUUCUCUGCCACACUUCUCUCCUUCUUGGCUUUAGCAGUCGCCAGCAAUGCCUUGCCUCAAGGACUAAACCAACCAAUCUUCAGUUGCGCCGCUCCUGAAUUCGGAGGCUGUUGCGAGAGAUUUCUCGCUGAUGGAACUGGCGUUGGAUGCAACAAAGCCGACGUCCUCAUCAAUGGUGCCGAUGUGCAAUAUACUUGCAAUGACGCCGAGACAGAUCAAGGACUUCCGGCUUGCUGUGAACAAAUCAACACACCUCCAGGAACCCACAUCGGCAUUCUUCUUCCUUGCCAACAAACCUCUGCCGGAUACUAA